GCCGCCGCUAUCACGGUGCGCGGAACCGGAUGUUUCCUCCGCGCGUGCGCACCGGCUGGGCGGGGCCAGGACUCGCCCGCUUCCGGUCCGCGCUGCUCGGUUCUGCCCCGGGACCGGCCGCCGGAAGCCCCGCCCGGGCUCCCUUGAAUAGUUUCUAAUGAGAUGAGUUUAGUCAUUCGAAAUCUGCAGAAAGUCAUCCCCCUCAGGCGAAUCCCACUUCGCAGAAGAAUAGAAAUCCUUCAGAAGAUUUUGGACGUGCAGCAGUUCGACCUGGGCGUUAUCUGUGUUAAUAACAGAAACAUUCAAUUUCUCAAUAACACCUACAGGCAAAAAAAUGUCCCCACUGAUGUGCUUUCCUUCCCUUUUCAUGAGAAUCUGAAAGCAGGUGAGCUGCCUCAGCCUAAUUUUCUAGACGAAUACAAUCUCGGUGAUGUUUUCCUAGGAGUAGAGUAUAUCUAUCAGCAGUGCCAAGAAAAUGGGGAGGAUUACUACAGCAUUCUUACAGUGACUGCAGCUCAUGGACUGUGCCAUUUGCUGGGAUACCAGCACAACACAGAAGCGGAGUGGGAGCAGGAGCACCUCUUAGACCUACCCUGGGGCCUACCCAGAAAACACGGCCGAAGGAACACAGAAGGGGGAAGACAAAGACUGCCCCAGUGCAGCAGACGGGUUGAUUUAAUCCAGGCCCAUCUCACCAAAGGGAGAAGUGCUGAGGCUGGUGAGACAAAGAAGGUGCCUUGCCACACAUGGUAUGGCCUUUCCCUGUUCUGACAACUGGAAUAUGUGUAUUACCUCCCAUAAGCAGGUGUGAUUAACCACAUUGGAAUCUUGCCAGAACAUCAGGAUUAACACUUUUUUCUUGUGGAAAAAAGCCUUAUGAGCUGUUUAAUAACCCAUCUAAUCAGGGCCUGCUUUUUACAUCGUUUCUGAAAACUGGGACCUCCAACAGCCUAAUGCCCUAACUCCAAUUUGGGGUGUUAGUUUGAUACUUACUCGGGGGAAGAAUUGCCUAUUGCAACAGAAGAUGAUUUAGUUGGGAAUUGGUCCUGCUUUGAGCAGGGGGUUGGACUAGAUGACCUCCUGAGGUCCCUUCCAACCCUGAUAUUCUAUGAUUCAGUAGCCACCACUGCCUGGAUUUCCUUUGGUUUCAAAUACGAUUACUGACCAGGCUCAACCUAGCUUAGUUUGUGAGAGCUGACAAGAUCGUAGGCAGAAGUUGCAUGCUUGCAGGCAUAGCUCCAGUUUUCUUAAUGAACCAUGGCUAAAUGUGACUGCAAUCAGUGGGAACUAAGGACAGUCAGCACCUCACAAGGGUACUGUGUAUCUGGAAGGACUGAGCACUAGAAGUGCUUUGGAAUCCUUGAAUGAAAGGGUCUGUGUAAGGGCAGUGUAAGAGCCCAGUCCUGUAAAUGCUUAUCCAUGUGAAUCUCUGUGUGCUCAUGUGAGACGUCUUAUUGAGUUCAUAGAUAACAUUUCUUAUGUAAGCAUGUGUUUAAAGGGAAAGGCAUGAUGCAGUUUCAAUGCCCAUUUUUGUAAAGUGCAAUUCUGGUCGGAAAUGUGACUGUAAAUAUGGCAUAGUGGGCUCUGGAUUUAGUGUGUCUCACUGAUUCUAUAUCAGAUGUGUGGGUGAAUGUCAGGCAAAGACAUGGUUUCCUGACUGCCAGCUCUGCAGACUCAAACUGGGCUCUUUCCUUCUCAUUUGGUCAUCACAGUACUUAUUUUCUGCUGGUGAAAUUAUGUCCUACGUGACACCUGUGCAGCCCAGUUGCAUGAAGAGAAUCCAGCUAACUUCAUCUUAACUCUAUUGGCUCUGCGGUUACUUUUGUCCAUAACUCAUCUGUUACGACUUUGAAUUCACAUACGGACAGAUCUGUUGAGUAAGAAGUUGCCGAUUUACAUAGUUUACUUUUCGGAUUAGAACAGCACUUUAAAUGUCUAAUGCUUAAAAUUAUAAAGAAUGUACAUGAAGGGAAAAUGAGAAUACUUAUUAAGUUUUUUCCC